CAUGGCAGCAGUGUUUUAAGUGAGAUUUUGUUACAGCGAAAAUAUCGACAAAGGAAUUUUUUAGCUCCCCACGACGCGACAAAAAAAUUAUAGAUAAUUGUAGAGAAUUUCUAAAUUUCCAGUUAAAAGUAUCUCAAUAAUUGAAAAGACAAUUCUGUGCAUUCAGUGUUUAAAGAAACUUAUAGGAAAAUGUAAAAUUUAAAAGAGAAUUUAUUGAACAAAUAUAAGUGUUGCAGGCGAAACGAACAAUGAUAGCACAGUGUAAGCAAGAAAAAAAGUGAAAAAAGUUCUCUAAACAAAAAUAUGUGCAGAAUAUUGAUUAAGUAAUUAUUCAUUAAAUGAGCAAAUGAUGCAAAAGAGCAUUGAAAAUUUUACAAGAAAACUAUCCACAAAAUCUCUUUUAAAAAUAUUUCAUUUGUGAAGGAAAAGAAUUUUCCUUAAAAGAAUAGAAAAAAAAAAGUAAAGUGUAGAAAAAAUGAAGCGAAUUCAUGAUUAGUGGAUGAAGGUAGAGCGAAGAAGGCGAAUUCAUAACGCAUUUAGAAAAAUAAUAACAAUGAAUACAAGAAAGUAUGUAAACAAAAUAUAAUUACAGCAGCAGAGAGUAGAGAACCAACUUAAGAAAAAAACACACAAAAAAAAGCAGCUGUUGGGUUCCGUAAAAGAGAAAAAAAGAGGAAAAAUUACAAAAAAAUGAUUAGUGUUUGUGUAACAUUCGUGGGGGGUGAAUAAACGAUAAAACAAAGCUUCCCCACUUCAUGGCAGUUGUUUAAUUUGUUUCACCACGUUUAAAACGAGUUCACAUAGUACGUGGAGAGAACGUAUUUAAAAAAAUUGAAAAAGAAAUGAAACAUUUUAAUUUGGAAUCUUAAGGUUAUUUUGUGUCGCGUUGUUGGGAGUAAAAACCAAAAAAUCAUCCAUCAAACAUUUUACGUUUAUUUAAUAAACAAAGAAUUGAGGAAAAUACUGUAACAAUUUUCCAAUGUGUAAAUAAAUUUUAAAACUCCAUAUUUUUGAAAUCUUUUAAUAUGAAAUAUCAUUAAGAAGAAGAAAGAAUAUUUAAAUUCUAAAGAAACUCCCCUUUAUUGGCUAAUUUUUUGAGGAUCAACGUUUUGCGUUUAGGGUGUGCGUGUAAAAAUGGUUAAUCGUAGUAAUAAUAGUAACAAUAACAACAAUAGUAAUAAUGGUAAUGGCGGUAAUGGGCCAGCAGCUGAUGCCGCUGCUAGCGUCAAUAAUCGCCGAAAUGCUGCUAAUGCAGCGGCUGCUGCUGCCGCUGCUGAAGGAGCAGCUGCUGCUGAAUGGGUUCAUGAGGAUAUGGAUCAUUUCAGUUUUGACGAUUCGGACCGUUUCGAAGAGGACUCAUUAUGUAGUUGGAGUUCAGAGCCUGAAUCCUUGUAUAAUAAUUGGCGCGGGUGGAAGAAACCUUCCAACUACGGCUUGGGUAAUGGAUCAACAACGCUUGGUGCGGUAGAUGUUGCUAACAAUACCCGCGAAAAUACCGUAACAGAAGUUUACACACUCACCGAACUGGCAGCCAAAUGUGUGGCUACAUAUAUACCAUUCGAAUUGGUGGAACAUGUCUAUCCACCCGUCCCGGAACAGUUACAAUUACGCAUUGCGUUUUGGAGCUUCCCCGAUAAUGAGGAAGAUAUACGUCUUUACUCUUGUUUAGCUAAUAGCUCAUCGGAUGAAUUCAAUCGGGGCGAUCAAUUAUUUAAAUCAGGAGCUGUUAAGGAGCCAUUACAAAUAGGUUUUCAUCUAUCCGCUACGGUCGUAUGCUUGACACCUAACCAGAAUUAUAAUGUAGCGGUAACGUUUGAUAGACGGCGUAUAUCGUCAUGCAAUUGCACUUGCAAUUCAACAGCAUAUUGGUGUUCACAUGUGGUGGCCGUUUGUUUACAUCGUAUACAUUGUCCGUUGAAGGUAUGUUUAAGGGCGCCCGUUUCAGAAUCAUUGACCCGGUUGCAACGCGAUCAACUGCAAAAAUUCGCACAAUAUUUAAUAAGCGAAUUGCCACAACAAAUACUGCCUACAGCUCAACGUUUACUAGAUGAAUUGCUAAGUGAACAGCCUACUGCCAUAAAUACAGUGUGUGGGGCUCCUGAUCCUACGGCAGGUGCAUCAAUAAAUGAUCAGACUAAUUGGUAUUUAGACGAAAAGACCCUGCAUGAGAAUAUUAAACGUAUUUUAAUAAAAUUUGUAAUGCCAGCCCCGAUGGUUUAUAGCGAUGUAAAUUAUCUCACCAAUUCUGCCCCACCAGCUGCUACAGAAUGGAGCUCCCUACUACGGCCAUUACGUGGCCGUGAACCAGAAGGCAUGUGGAAUCUGUUGUCUAUAGUUCGUGAAAUGUACCGGCGAUGUGAUCGCAACGCGGUACGUUUACUUGAAAUUAUCACUGAACAAUGUAUGGCUUGCGACCAAUUACUCUUAUGGUGGUAUCAAACAAAACUGUCUCUAAUGAUGGGCUCACAUGGCCACAGUGGCGGAAAACAUUCAAACACUCAUAGUAAUUCAAAAGCUAUUGAGCAUGCCAGCAGUUCUUUGUUUGACGAAAUUGUUGUUCUUUGGCGUUUGGCUGCUCUUAAUCCCGGUCUGGCGCCCGAUGAGCGUGAUAUGCUACAUGCUCAAUUUACGUCAUGGCAUCUGAAAAUUCUAGAUCGCGUUGUAAAAUGUCGCAUCAUACCCUCAUCAUAUAACAACAAACAUCAGCAAAAUGCUCGUUCAGAUGCGGAAAUGUUUGUGGGCUUUAAACCGGCCAUUGAAGCAUGUUACUUAGAUUGGGAAGAAUAUCCCAUAGCUGGUGUAACUCAUACUCAUGAAACUAAUCCAAUUUACUACUCUCCUUUCGCUUGUUUUAAACAUACGGAAAGCAAGUUUGAAUCGAACGGUGGUCAACUGAAUGCUACUCAAGCUCUUAUGGCAAAUAACAAACACUAUAACUAUAUAAGUACUUCGUCAGACCUGGCCGUGCACGGAGGAUUCAAACAGCGUCUUGAAAGACCGUUUCGGGAGCGUUUCUAUAUAUCAUCUAGCAAUAAUUCUAGCAAUUCUUCGAGCGAUAGUGUGCACGCCCGUUUACAACACGGCUUGGAUGGUUCAUCUGUAAGUAGAUCUAGCGGCGAUGUAGCAUCAUCCGCAAGAACAGAAAACAAAUUUUCCACUAAUAACAUCAAUGGAAACUCUGGAAAUUAUUUGGAGAUUGAUAAAGAAGCAUUCAUAGCAGCAAUGAGAAUGAGGCCAAUUCCCAAUUCCCCACCUCCUCUAGAACCUCCAGAUGGCAAUCGCUCCAGCGCUAGUAGCGAAGGUUUUUGUGAAAAUGAAGAUUUUGGUGGCGACAGCAGCAGUAACAAUUUAUGCGGUUCGGAAACGGGAGGUUGCACAAUUAAUCCCGCUAUGGCGUCUUCAAACGAUGUUAAUCAAUCACACUCGAAUCGUUCAGCCACAGAUCCUUCACAGCCGUUUAUAGUCUGCCCUCCAAAUGCGAGUGUAAGCGAUCAAGGAAAACAAGGACUUUCGUUCCCAACAACACCUACUAAUAAUCCAGUUACUGCUGUACUCUCCGAGUCUUCAUCUGUAUCCACAACUUCGUCAUCAUCAUCAAAUUCGUCGUCAACUUCAUUACUGGUGGCUGCAGAAACUGAGUCUCAAAUUGCGUCAGCAUCAGAAAAACCACUUUCUAGCACAGAUGUUAGACGGCUCUCUAAGGAAGAAUCAUUUUCGUCAUCUAGCGACGAAUAUGUGUCUCAGGAAAUGCCUGAGCGUCUAGCCGAAGAUCUAACACCAGUGCCUAGUACUUCAGCUGCCUCUAGGGCAGCUUUGAUGAAAACGGGUGUCACUGUAAUAACGUCGAAAGCACUAAAUGAUACAGGAACCAAUUACACUAAAACAAACUCUUCGACUCCAGCCGGUUAUUUUUCCGGUCCGUCUACUUCAGCGCAAGCUAUGGCUGCUUCAGUGGCUAUACCGACGUCCACUGCAAGUGCAGAUAAACCUUUCAUAUUUUCCAAUAUACGUCCUUCUGAUGAUGCUUGGGAUAUUCUUCUAGCUCGAGCAGAAGGCUUACAUGCUCAUGGUCAUGGACGGGAAGCCUGUAUAUUGGCAGUACGUUUAGCGGAAGAAAUGCUAGCAAAUCCGCCCAAUUUAAUGGUGGAAAUGCCUCCUGUUCCUAAACGCAAGGGUAAAAAUAAAAAUGUUAAUCCUAUUUCACAUCACCUGACAGUGUUGGCUUCUGCGACUCUUACGAAAUGUGCGUUUCUCUGUACCGUGCUGUCAGAAAAUUCGGAACAUUAUCACAUUGGUUUUCGGAUUUGUAUUUAUGCUUUAGAGAUGCCCCGACCUCCAGCCAGCACUAAACCUUUGGAAGUUAAACUGGCUAACCAAGAGGCUGAUAUUCUGGCUUUGUUAAAGAAAAUUCCUAUUAAUGAGCCAGAAUUGGAAGUAAUACGGGAUCGAGCCGAACGUUUGCGCAAUGGUGCAUUAAAAUCACGGGGCGAGGCCUUGCUGCCAAUUAAUUUAGCUUCAUACAUUUUCGAUGCAUUAGUUAUGCCUUCAGUGUCAAUGAAAGAUCAGCGAAUACGCAAUAUGAGUAUUUACCGGCCGAUAAGCGAUGAAAACUUGGGCUUUGAAGCUGCAGUGGCGGCUUUGGGUUUAAAAGCUAAUGUUUCCGAAGCCGAGCAUCCGUUGCUAUGUGAAGGAACACGUCGUCAGCGAGGAGAGCUAGCUCUGACGCUUCUGUACUUUUAUAAAGACGAACCUCAAAAGAUAGCCAAAAUAAUGGAAAAAUUACUCGACCGUGAAAUACAUACGUUGCUAAAAACGCCUUUGUUACCAGCCUAUUAUUCUAAUAACGCUCCUGUGAGAACACCUUCGAAUUCGGUUAAUAGGUCUGGAAAUAAUGAAUACGGCAGACAUGGUAAUAAUGCCGGUAUUGGAACUUCACAUAAUACCGGAAAUCUGGAUAUGUUUCCUCCUGAUUACGGGUCUGUCGGGGGUAAUAGCCGUCCUACUAGUUCUACAAGCGCUGAAUUAGAAGUAAGUAUGGUCGGCUUGAAUGUUUCUUCGCCUGGUAACGCCGCUUUACUUGGAGCGUCUAGUAAUCAUCAAGGUAUACCAGGUGGAGUUGCGUUAGGAACUCCUAACGCUACUAUUAGCCGCACCAAGGAUAGUCGAUAUAAAGGCAAACGUGCGUAUCCCUCUAUACCGAACCAACCGUCAGAAGCAAGCGCGCAUUUUAUGUUUGAAUUGGCAAAGAACGUCUUGAUUAAAGCCGGUGGCAAUUCCUCAACGUCACUGUUCACACAAGCAACGGCUAAUCACAAUCAUCAUGGCCCUCAUCGUGGCUUACACAUGUGCGCCUUUCAGUUGGGUCUGUAUGCUUUAGGCUUACACAACUGUGUUAGCCCUAACUGGUUAUCGCGCACGUACUCCUCGCAUGUGUCAUGGAUCCUCGGCCAAGCAAUGGAAAUCGGCGCUCCUGCUAUUAGUUUUCUCAUUGACACGUGGGAGGGCCAUUUAACACCGCCAGAAGCUGCUAACAUGGCUGAUCGUACAUCGCGCGGCUGGGAUAGCAACUAUCCAGCGGCUGAAUUAGCACUUUCUGUAUUGCCGCAUGCAGCGGCGUUGAACCCUAAUGAAAUCCAGCGAGCUAUUUUGCAGUGCAAAGAGCAAAGUGACCAAAUGCUAGAGAGAGCCUGUAUCACAGUAGAGAACGCUGCCAAAGGUGGUGGGGUUUAUCCUGAGGUUCUGUUUCAAGUGGCGCGUUAUUGGUACGAAUUAUAUUCGCGUAAUACUCCUAACAACGGGGAGCACGAUCAACACGAUGAACACUUGGACCAUUCGGCUGCUAUGAACCUUUCAGCAAUAAUUGAAUCCCAUCAGCAUCAUGAACUUCAACUGCAGGCGCAGCAGGCAUCGCAAGGUGGAGCAAUUGUGGGAACAGGUCCAGGUAUACAACCGGGUUCCACGUCUGGUGGCCCAGGCCAGCCUGCCCAGGUUGGACCAGUAGUGGUGACUACAGCGCCACAGCCUUUCCAGCAAGGUGUGCCUACACUAGCACCUAUCAAUCUUUCACCAUAUCCGCCAUAUGGAUUUUGUCAGGGCAUGUAUCAUCACAAUAUACCAUAUGCGCCCAAUCAGAUGCAAAUGUACAUGCCACCACCGGGACCACCGCCACCACCGCAAUCAUAUCCAGGUUAUCCGCCACCACAACAACAGUCUGGCCCAGUUGGGCAAGCACCAAAUGCCGGUACAGCUCCGCCGCAAGCUUUUGUUCAUCAGCCAGGAGCAUACCAGGCGUUACCACCACAAGCUGCUUAUCAAGCAGCAGCCAUGCAGUGCGGACCACCCCAAUCGUCGUUUAUACCAGCUCCACAAGGUCCUCCAGGUUCGGCUGGACCUUCGUCACUGCAGGCUAAUUUGCAAGCUGCAACAGCUGCUGCUGUCUACUAUGGCCAGGCAGGUCCCCAUCAGCAAGCUCCUCCCCCACCACAACAUUCUACGCAACAAGGCGUUAUAACGGUUGCCUCUCAACAUCAAAUUCGUCAGCCAACUCAACAACAUCCGACGGUUCAACAGCAAGGUAUUUACCCUUUUCUACCAGCUCCGCAAAUGCCCUUGCCACAACAGCAGCAAUCCGUACCACCUAUGGCCGGACAUCAGCAAAUAUCAGGUCGCCAAAGGCACCCUCAUCAGUUUACACCUGCUCAGUUACGUUAUCUUUUGGCCGCUUACAAUGUGGGUAUGUUAGCUAUGGAGACCUUGGCACGUCGUGUACACGACGAUCGUCCACAAGCCAAAUACGCCCGUAAUCCUCCGUAUGGGGAAGACGUUAAAUGGUUGCUACGAAUUUCGAAAACUUUGGGUUCUCAAUAUCUCCACCAAUUUUGUGUUUGUGCAGUAAACUCUAUUGUAAGUCCCUUCGUAUUGCACGAUGUAGCCAUUGAAUCGGCUCAUUACUUGGGUCGUAAUAACCAUCAGUUGGUGAUGCCGAUGAGAUCGGCUUUAACACCAUUGGUCCAAAAAUGUCAACAGAUGUAUAUUCAAUGCAUUCAUCAAAAAUUAUACCAUCUAACGCCUGCUGAUUAUGAAGAUUUUGCCAGUAUCAUUGUAGCAGCGCGAGCUGCAUUUCAAAUAACACCCGAGGGCAGUGCUCAGUUUAAGGAUUGGUUACAAUCGAUUAAGAGAUCUAAAUCUUGUAAAAAAGAGUUAUGGACCCAAAUAAAUACAGCUUUGCAAAGUAAUGCCAAAUGACAAAGACUUGACUCAUUAAAUUUAACAACAACACCUUCAUCAUCUUCGGCUGCAGUAGGAGGUGCCGUCGUAACGAUAUCAACAUCAUCAGCAAACACAGUUACAGCAGCAUCAACUAAUAGCAGUGGUAUUACAAACACGAAUAAUGACACGUCAGUUGGUAAUAACUUACGUAAUGCUAGCUCACCUUUGUCCACAACAUCAACUUCAUCUACUGUGUCUACGUCCGCCACUACCACUUCUGUAGCCUCAUCAUUAUCAUCAUCCUCUAAGCCUUCGUCCUAUAGUUACGGAGGACAAAUUGCGUUAAU